AUGAUUGAGAGGGAUUUCGGGGACAUUUUGGCUUCUAAUAAGGAUGAUGUAAUCCAGAGUAUUCUCACUGAGGAAGAUCUAUACAAAAUUCUUGGAGCACAAAGAUCCGCUUCGGGUGCAGAAUUGCGACGAUGCUAUUUAGAACGAUCGAAAAUAUGUCAUCCCGAUAGAAUUCCUUUUCAUCCGCUUUCUACCCGCGCAUUCCAACGUCUAGCCUUCUCCUUUGAAAUUCUCAAAUCUCCGUCUUCUCGUCGAGCUUACGAUUCCGCCACUUCUUUGUCCUCAAUUUCUACUUCGACUUCGUUACCCACCAAACAUCCUUCUCCAUCCUUAGCCUCAGACAAUUUGUUUCGAACUACCGUCUCAUCACUCAUACAUGACUUCCUUACAGGCGACUUCAUUACUAUCCGCUCGCUUUUAUCAUCCUUAAAUUCUCAAUACCCUCACCUUAUUAAUACCGACGUAACUUCUUCUAUCGAAGUCGCUUUUAUAAAAGUAAGAGAAUUGGUUAUGAGAGGACGGGUAUGGGCUUUAUUGAUAUAUAUUGAAAUGGGGAGGAUAUGGAGGGUUCAGAAGAGGCUGAGAAGAUUAGGAAGAUGGGAUUUAGUAGGGAAAGCGAGGAUGAUGCUUUUAUUAGUAAGGGUGGUCGUAGCCGUUCCCGUCAGAGUUGAUCGAGCUCUCAAAGCACGUGUUGAGAAAGAGAGAAGAACAAUGAAAACGGGAUCAGAAGCAAAGGAACUGGAUGAGAGACUGGACUCGGAAGAUGAACUCGCGAGAGGCGGAAUUCUAAAUGAGAGGGUUUGUAAAGUAUUGGAGUUUAUUGUUGGUGAGGCGGGUAAGGAUGAAGAGGGAGAGGAUACUGGUGUUCGGAUUUGA